AUGACUGAGCCUAACACGACCGGCGAUCUGGAAAUGGAUGAGGGUGACGUUGAGAAAAUGGAAAAUGAGCUCUUCAUGAACUACUGGCCUGCGGGAGCUGAGCAGGUCAGUACAGCGGCACCCUCGGAAGCGGCUACGGAUGAUCAGGGUCGUGAUACCAAAGCCGCCAAACUGGGCACCGGUCAAAAGGCCAACAACGUGGCAAGGGCGCGAUGGGGGCGCACCAAGCGCGCUUUCGGUAAUGCCUGGGACAGCUCUGGCGCAUGGGAUCGUAGCGGCAAUGGCGACAACAAGAUAAAUGCUGCCCUCAAGGAGGAGAUCAAAGAGCUCAAGAACAGCAUUUUCCAGAUUCAAAGAUUGGCCCUUCGUCAUGAGGACUUUCUCGGAGCUCUGCGUCCCGAAACCACAUACGUUCUCUUCUGUCGGAUUGGGGUGCCCGCAUCUGUGGUUCCCUCGCUGUUCAAAGCGCAAGCUGCCUGGAGGGAGAUGAAAGCGUCAGAUCCAGCAUCCCUGGACAGGCCAAUGAGGGUCAGCCUCCUCACCUGCCUAUCCACAUGA